AUGGCCCCUUACCUCGGAGACCAUACGAUCCACCAGCUUUUUGCUGAGACCUCGUAUCUCAUGCGGCAAACCGCGCGUGACUUUCCGAUGUCUUCAUUUAUCCUGCAGGCUAUCAAGGCUUUCGCCUGGACGUCCAAUUUGCCGCUUCCCAUUGCUGCAGCGCCCUAUUUCGAAGACCUCGGCAUGACCAAGCAAGAAUUGCAGGAUCUUCCUCUGGGCUUUGCGCUGCCGAAGACGAAUGAGAUUCGAGACAUUUUCAUGAGAGAAGGGCAAGAGCUUUCCGGAGUGGCCGUCGAUAUGGGAAAGCUGCUUUCAAGGUGGUGCACUCUGUCUCUGGACGAGUGA